UAACUGCAGAUGUCAAUAAAAAAAUCAUAUGUUCAGUUUUUAACUCAGUUUUUAAGUCCAGUUAUUAACUAAUUGACUGUUUGUUUGAAUUUAUUCUUUGAUUAUAAUUUUACCAUGUUCCCAUCAGCAUCUAAUCUUGGUUAUGAUUGGGAUUCGAAACCUUCAAACACUGACUGGCUUAGUAACCAAAGUUUUCAAGUCCCGGUGGAAACCAUAGCUGAUGAUGAUGAAGCUAAGCGACUUAAGGAUCAAAAACCAACAACUGUGAAUAUAAGCGAAGAUAGUGCUUCUGACAGUGGAGAUACUGACAUCGAGUUGAUUGGGGAGGUUCAAGUUGAAAGUGACAAGUCUAAAAAGAAGAAGAAAAAGAAGAAAAAAUCCCGAGACGCUUCUAAAAAAGUCAAGAAAGAUAAACAUUCUAAACAUCGUUCCGAAGAGAGAGAAAGGACGGAAUGGGGGCCAAAAAAAUCGAAAGAAAAAAAGGCUGAUAGUUACAUCAACAAAGUCUUCCUCGAAGAGGUUGGAUUGCCUCCGGAAAAAGCUUUUCAGCAAGAUCCAAGACCAGAUCGAAACAAUCUUGCUUUUGAAAGUGUUUACAACUUACUUGUUCCAUCAUACGACAAGAAAAAAUGCUUUAAAAGUAAAAGACUUCGCCAGACUUUGAAUAAAGCUAAACAGAGAUCAACUAGAUAUUUUGAUUCAAAGAUGGUUCAAGAUGAAAAUUGUGAGGCAAUCACUGUGACUAAGAAAGAUGAAAUCUUCAUUUUGCCUGAAUAUUUACAGAUUUCUGAACCAGCAUUUAAAGUUAUCUCAAAAGAUUCUCAUAACUUGGGAGACAGUUUGAAGGAUGUUCACGAUCAAGCAACUGCCCUAUACAUUAAAGCGCAAGAUCCAAAGAAAAACUUACACGUUUCUUCCGAAGACGAAUUCAGAUUAUCAAGCAGUCAAUGGACGGUACAAAACAAGACUAAAGAAUUCAAUGAAUAUCUUCGCUUGCAUCCUAACGAUAUUGAAAGAUGGUUCAAAUUUCUUCAAUUCCAAGAAGACUCAUUUAUCUGGUCAUCUUCAUCGAAAUGUACAAAAUCUCGCGAGACGGUAUUGGCUGAGAAAAAACUGAGUAUAGUUGACAAAGCUCUUGAAUUUAAUCCUAAAUGUAUGCGACUUAAAUUGGAAAGAUUGAAUCUUAUGAGAUUCAUAGCAACACCUAAUGAACUUGACAAGGAAUGGAAAAAAAUGACAUUUAAUCAUCCAAAUAAUCCAACCAUUUGGAAAAAUUAUUUCAUAUUUCUUCAGACACACAUCUCACACUUCUCUGUACCCAAACUAAACCGAGCUUUCCUUAAAUGUUUCGAAAUCUUCAAUAGCAUGUUGGAAGGAACUUUUCAAACUCAUCAAAUGACUGAAAAUCUUGAAACUGAAAUCGUUAAAACUAUGUUUCAUUACACAACUUUCCUUUCUCAAGCUGGUUAUCAAGAAAAGGCAAUAGCUAUAUGGCAAGUCCUCAUCGAAUUUAAUUUAUUCACUCCAGAGUUUUUAACUUAUGACCAACCAUUAUCUGAGUGGAAGGCCAUACUUGAACCUUUUUGGGAUUCAGGUUGCUCAAGAUUCGGUGAAUUAGAUGCUAAAGGUUGGAAAAAUGUGAUGAAAAACAAAUUGCUCAACCAAGGGCCAUCGAGAAAACCGAUUGAUGAAUUAGAGGAUCCAUUGUUGGAAAAAUAUUUCAAUAAUCAAGCUAAACUUUGGGUUGAGAUUGAAACCCUUCGAGAGAAAUAUUAUUGGCUUCCAGUAAAAGGUCCUGAUGCUGAUCAAGCUGAUGAUACAGAACGUAACGUUCUUAUUGAUGAUUUGGCAAAGAUAUUAUUUCGAUUCAGAGAGGAUGGAACUAAAUAUCUAUUAAUUUUACAUUUUCUUAAAUUUCUUGGAGCAAUCGAUGCAAGUGAUAUCAUGGACUCGAUAUUUUUAAUAGAUGAUUCUUUGAUCAUUAAUCCUAUCCAAAGCUUAUUCAAUCUACGUUUGAAUGCUUUCGAUGAUGACUUUACCACGUUUCGUGACCAAGUUUUCAUCCAAUCGAUAGCUCAAUUUAAAGAAACUCCUCACGAAAAGCAAUUAAUUUUAUGGAGAUUAAAAUUUCUUAUUGGUCAAGUUGAUGUCACUUUGAAGUAUAAAGGAGUAAAGAAAAUAAUCAAAGAUUACUUAAAGAUUGAAAUUUAUCGAAAUGAUCUGGAUUUGUGGGAUUUAUUGACAACGCUUGAAGUGAAGCGAGGUGAACACAAAGAAGCCUGUCUCAUUUAUGAAACUGCCAUUGAUUUGUUCACAGGAAGAAUCGAUUCUCGUCGUUUAUUCAAAUUUGUCUCCAAUUAUUGUCAACUUUUAUUUGAUGUAAAAGAUCUCUGCUCUCAAAAUUUGUCAUACGAAGGAUCCAGCUGGCGCGAAACUGAGAACCAAGCCUUAAAGAUGAUUUCAAGUGUUACAUUGGGUAAAAAGCUUGAAAAUUACGCACCCAUCUUUGCUUUGAAAGCGUCCAAGAUUUUGGAUAUAAUGGCAGAGAUAGUUGAUGAAUUUACAUCCAAUAUCUUAUUUUGCCAUUUGUUAGUUUAUUUAAUUGUUAAUGAUUCCAGCCUAGCCUUCGAUGAGUGUGAAGCGCUACUCAGAGCUAAUGAUCAAUCUAAGUCAAGAAAAUUGGAUUUAUUCACAAUUCACCUUCAACUUUUGAUAAUUGAUAUUAAAAGGACUAUCAAAUCAAUAUCAUCAUUGCGAGAUGUAUGUAAAAGAGCAUUGGAACAAUUCCCAAAUCAUAAACCUUUCCUUUCAUUGUUCAUCAAUAUCGAAUCCAGUAUUGCUAUUCCUAUAGCAGUUGAUAGAUUCUUCACCGAUCUAAUUCGCAAAAGUGAAUCAAGUGAUUUAGUUAUUUGGAUAUUCAAAUUGCAUUUCGAGUUAAAGAGAUUAAAUAUCAUAAAAGAUUCUAGUGCAGGCAGUCAAGCCUGUGAUGGUAUAAUUAGACGAAUCAAUGGUUUAUUUGAAAGAUGCUUGUCAUUUCCUUGUAACCAAGGUAUCAUUGUUUUAUGGAGAACCUUCAUGAAAUUCAAUGCUGACCAUGGAAAUAUGAAGAAAGCUGAAUCUAUCGUUUACAGAGCCAUUCAAAACUGUCCCUGGUCUAAGAUAUUGUUUCUUGAUGCUAUUGACACCUUUCCUCAUCUUUUAACUGAUUUGCUUACCAUUAUGUCCGAGAAAGAAAUAAGGUUAAGAGCUCCUAUCGAAGAGAUUGACCUUCUACUAAAAGGUCGAAGUGUUGAGGCUGACAACUCAGAUCAACAACAAUCAAUGGAUGCCGAGCCAGCAUGAUUAAUAAGCAAGAAUGGUUAUUAAGUAAAUUUUGUUAUUUGGACAAAUUAUGCUGCAGAAUCUUGAAGUUAGCAAAUGAUUGGAUUGUCAGUUGAUUAUUGUGACAGGAGCAGAAAGGACCAAUAAAGAUACAUGUUAUGUGAAUGGUUAUGAACGCUCUGUUUAAUCACAUUUAUAUAUUUUACUUCCAUAUUUCAAGAUCUCAUUUCAAAAUCAGGCGAUUGUUCUUGACAAUAUUCAAUCCAUCCAUCUUCACCUUCAGAAAUCAUCUGUCCAUCACCACAUGUCAAAUCUUAUUUGGUUUACUACUUUGUUUACUAUUUUCCUUCUCUCUCUCCAUGUCAAAACAUAUUGAGAGUGAGCUCAGUCAUUGUUAUUGUGAAUGUGAACAAAAAUACUGAAUACAGGUAACAUUACAACUGUUACUCCAUUUCAACCAGUUAAACUUGUUGCUUAACUUAUCUCAACCUCAUGUUAUUAAGCUGUUGAAUUGAAUAUAAUGGAUACGUGUUUCUAUUUAUAUCAUUUUUACCAACUUUGUUAAACUUAAAUUUAUAACUUUAAUCGUUUGUAAUUAAACAAUUCGUUCAAUUA